CGAGAUGCUGGGUUUCCAUGGGAACCGCAAGGCCGCGUCUCGCUGGGGUCCCAGACUCCUAACCGCUCAGUGAGCGCGGUGGCCGGGGCUUUGCUAGGGCGGGGCCGCGCCUUGGGUGCAGACUGUGGGUAUUUGGUCCGGGGGAUCUUUCUUCUGGGCGCAGGCUGGUGAAGUGCGGGGCAGGAGGAGGUGGCGAGCACAGGGGCGCCUACAGUUCAGUCUUUGAAAGCCACAGAGUCGGUCUAGUGCGGGGACCCAAAACCCAACCCCAAAAGGGGGUCUGGCCCACAGGGUCCUUCUAGGGCUAGGCCCCAGGGGCUGCCUGUUUUAUCUGAAAGCAUCAUAAUGAAGGCUGGGUGGACUCCCCAAGCCCUAGGGAGCUGGGUUGCUCUCUCCAGACUGGUGAUUCUGGGAUGGGCAGGGGACUCAGUGGAGGCGUCUGGAGUUCCUCAGAGCUCCCCUUAGCUCUGGCUUAGAGGUGAGAUGUUCGUGAAUAGAACUGGAUCGAUUUAUGGGUAGUAGAGAAAGUUACUUUUACCAGGUCACAAUAUGGGGUAGUAAAAAGUACGAGUUUUUCAUGUAGAAAGAUCUGACUUCAAAUCCAGGAUGAUAUGGUGAUUAAGAACACUGACUAUGGAAUUGGGGUGCCUGCCUUUGGUCUACCACCUCUUAACUGUGUGACGUAUGUUUCUGUGCCUCAGUUUCCCCAUCUGUAGAGCGGGGAUAAUAGUACUUAAUUCACAGGGUUGCAGUGAAGAUUAAGUGAGUUAAUUCAUAUAAAGCACUUAGAAUUGUGGGGCAAGUAAACCGUCAAGCAAUGCUAUGGUCGUUACUGUUAUUAAAUUCCAGUGACCACCACUUACUAGCUUUAUGACCUUGGGUAUUCUUUCUCAAUCCCUCUGAACCAGUUUUAUUACCUCUGCAAGGUUAUUGUGAGGACUAAAAUAAACAAUACAUAUAAAACACAUGUUCAUCGAAUUGUUGGUAAGUCAACCAGUGUUAAAUAUAUCCAUGCUCCAAUAUUAGCCUUAAAACAAUAAGGCAACUCUUCAGCACCAAACUCUUUGGCUCUAUUAAGGAGAUUUUUACUUUAAGCCUUGAGUUUCCUCUGCUCUUUAAUCUUACGGGCUAAGCAGUCCCAGCGGAUACCAUUAAAUAUCAUGUCUGACCAAAAUCAUAAGCAGGACAGAUAAGUCAAACGAAAUAGAGGAAGAGGAGAUGAAGAAAAGGAGUAUAGAUGUCUAGACUACUUGAGUCAUAGCAACUUCUUUUGGGUUCUGUGAACUAGCCUUCACACAAUCCAAAAAUGACCUGUAUGGGCUAGACAGAUGAAGAUGCAGGUGUUGGUGCAUUUGUAUUCAUUCUGAACAAACUGAAAUAUGGCUUUACUGUAGGUUUUUUUUUCAUGGUUUCUAAGUAGUCUGCUCCAUUCUCUGUUUUCUAGGUUGCUAGGAUGAACAGGAGCCACACUGCAUUUUAUUAGCUUUGGUUAUUAUUAAGUUGCAUCUCUGGUCUUUCCCUCCAUCACUUUGGCUGCAGCUGUGUCCUUCCAAAGCCCUUUAGGUCUCCCUUUGAUCCUGUAUCCAGUGGCCAUCCCUCAUUUCCCCCAACUACCCAUCAGGUUCUUCUUCAUUGUCCACGGGUGUUGUAUAUGUUCCAUUGCAGACUUUGAUCACCGUCAUCACAUGUGCCUUUGAGAGUGCCAGGAAUUUUCCCACAUACCAGCAACCAGUCACUUAUCUUCUUGUCAGGAGAACACAUCCUUGGGGGAAUAUUGCGAAAGGGAAGACUUUGGGGCUGGGUUUAGGGCAGUCUCCUAGUCUUGCCCAUCCCUUGGUGGGUGCCGUGGGCAAGGUGUACACCUCCCGCCUGGACUGAGCGCUCAUCUCAACUCUUGGCGCCAUCGUCAUGCUGAGCUGCCUCUUCCUACUGAAGGUCCUUCUUGCUCUUGGGUCCCUGACAUCCUGGGUGGCUGCAGGAGAGCAUGUGAAAGCAGGAGAAUGCCCUCCUGAUAAGCACCCGUGCAGAGAGCUGUGCCAGGGGGAUGAGUCGUGUCCUGCCGGGCAAAAGUGCUGCAGCACCGGUUGCGGUCGUGUCUGCCGCGGAGGCCUUCCAGAAGGGAGGAAAGGAGAUUGUCCCAGGGCUGUUCGGAAACAAUCCUGCUUCCAAAGGUGCGUCACUGAUGAGACUUGUCCAGGUACAGAGAAAUGCUGCACGUUUGGAUGUAACAAGCGCUGUGUGGUCCCAGUCACUAAACCCAAGCUGGAGUCUGGUGGUGAAUGUCCUGCUGACCCCCUUCCAUGUGAGGAGCUGUGUGACAGGGACGAGUCCUGUCCCCAGGGGCAUAAGUGCUGCAGUACCGGCUGUGGCCACUCUUGCCGUGGAGACAUUCAGGGAGGGCGGGGUGGUGAGUGUCCACACCUUCUGGUGGGUUUGUGCAUUGUCACCUGCAUGAUGGAUGAGAACUGCCAGACCGGGGAAAAGUGCUGCAAGUCAGGCUGCGGCCGCUUCUGUGUCCCGCCCGUUCUGCCAGCGGAACUGGCCACAAACCCCAACUGGACCCUCAACCCUGGUUCUGCCAGAGGGAUCCUGGUGCCUUAGCUGUCGUGAUUUGUCCUGAGCUGCUUUGGUGAUGACAGGGGGGCUUGUCCUGGCUGCCAGGAGAGGGUGAUGUCCUAGGGCUGUGACCCUCCUGAGGGCUCUCGUUGCCCUCUCUGCUCUGCUUCUGUUCCUGCUGUGGCCCUGAGCACGGGAAUCAGAGUCGUGGGUUUGGGCAGUGGUGUGCGGUACUGCUUUUCCCCAAUAAAGACUGUACUGACCUUCUUGCCUGUGCUGUUGGAGGGCCAGGAUGAGGAGAGAGAGCCAGGGAGUCUGAGCACGGCUGCAGGAUUACGGGACUUAAGGCAACACUGUGGGUGCUGCCCCAGUGGUGAGGGCAGAGGUGGGUGGGAGUCAGUCUCAGCUGAUUUGCCAUAGAUUUCUCUCUCUCAAGCCUCAGGAGUGGGACCAUCAGGGCUCUUUUUGGGCCUGCUGAUCUUUUAAUAGAGAAUGUGAGUUGGGGAUGGAACUGGGGUGGGAAACUAGUUUACUAUAGUUUCUCGGAUGGUCCACCUUAGAUUUCCUUCUCCUUCUCAAGAGCCGGCCCUUGGCUCCAAGACAAGCAGUUUGUCCUCUUCAGGUAGCUUUGCUAUAGGGAAGGGUUGCCUUCAGGUUCUCAGAAUAUAAAAGAUAAAAUAAAUUUUAAAAAUGCAUACAAAAUGGAUCACAUUCUAUAUCCUGGAGUAAUUUAUGUUAUCACAUUAUUUUGUAAUGGGACACCAUGAGAAUAGCUAAUUUAAUUAGUCUUCUCUUGGUAAACAUGAAUCCCUGUACAUAUAAAGGUUGGCCUUCUUUUGCAGGCACAUCUGGGGAAAUUCUUUGUGGUAGAAUUCUAGUUUCUCCAAUAGAGCCUGACCCCCUCAGAAAAGGCCCUCAAUCAGUGUUUGUUGAGUGACUGAAAGAAUGAAUAUAAUUUCCAAGUCUGUCUGUAAGGAAUUUGUUGAGCUUUGAGUAUUAGAAAACCCACCAAACAGUGGCUUAGUCAAUAAAGACAAUUUAAUUUUCUCACAUCGGAGUGUGGAGAGAGGCAUCCACAGCGCUAAUGAGAAGACUCCUUCCUUCCUUCCCCACCAACCCCAGCAUGCUGGCUUUUGUCCUCAAGACGGUCCCCUCACGGGUGUGGGACGGUUGCUGCAGCCCUGGACAUCACGGCAGGAAGGUCUGUGGAAAGGGUAAAGGUGAAAAGACCUUCACCUCAAAUGGUCUCUCCUUUUAAUGACAGAGACCAUCUUCCCUGGAAGCUGACCCCUCCCCACGUUUCCCUCGUCCUCUCAUUGGCUGGAAAAGCAAAUGUCUGCAAACCGGAAGGGGAAAAUGUGACUUCUUAGAUGAAACGUGCUUCAUCCUUGAGGCUGAGGGAGGGGCCCACCUGGGUUUAAAAAUUGAGAUUCUAUUAGCAAGGAAGGAGAGAAUGGGGGAGGGAAGUAAUGAACCUCGUGUGUCGUACUGCGUUAAAGGACAUAUGCAUUCAAAAUUUGGACAGAAAUUUCUAAGUAGGUAGGACUUUUAUAACAAGAAAGAAUAUUAGUGCUCACCUUGAAUAUUGCAAAAAUGUUUUUUAUAAUUCCCAACUCUAACA